UUAUAACCAGACUUUUAUGGUUUCUAAGAAUGCCAUAAAUCUGAACAGCCGAUAAGCUUCGAUUUCAACGAAAACUAGAGUUCGCUGGAACCUAUUUUGUUUUGUCUAUAAAUACGAAGCUCUAGCCAAAAUUUCAUACACAAGUGACAUGAAUUUAUUGCACAUUCUAAUCAUGGCCUUGAUGGCAGCUGCAGUAGCAUCCAAACAUCAUAGACGUCAUGGUCCACAUCACUAUCACAAUCACCAUAACCGUCACCAUUUCCAACAAAAUGUACAAAACGUACACUGCGGCUUCGGACCUUACGAAGAAACAAAUCUGGGAGGCGGUGGACAAUAUGAUGGAGGACUUCAGGCAGGAGAUAUCAAAGACACAUAUGAUACAACCCCUGAUUUCGACGCCUAUCUAAGCAAAAUAAAAAACACAAGCCCAAGUUUGUUUUAAGCAAAUACACAUUAUCUUAUAUAAAUAAGUAUAUUACCCUUUUUAUGAUUAUUAAAAAAUGUAUAAGAAUGCCCAAGUAA